GUUGUGAAUUGAUAACCGCAAAACAUCACCGAAUGAAUACCUUGGUAACACGUGAUGUGGAAUAGUUAAAUUCCCGCCAGCUUUCAAAUUUUGUUUUUGUUUUAAAUGCAACCGAAGUCUAAAUAUAGACCGAUUGAAGGGAGAGUAAGAGGGCCAGGGCCUGGCAGAUAUGGUCUUCCAUCAACGGUCGGGUAUGAGGCUCAUGAUGCUACCAAAAGAAUGGAACCAGCCUACUCAUUUGGCAGACGACUUCAUUAUGCAGACGAAAAAAAAGCCAGUCCUGGUCCAGCUUAUUUCGUACACCCACAGAUGACCCGUAAUGGCAAAGAUGGAACACCUAGCUAUUCUUUGCUUUCCAGGCAUUCAGAAUUACGAAAAUUCAAGACACCGGCAUCUUCGGCUUAUUACCCAGAAAAAGUGCAUCCUCAAGGUGAAAAGAUUGCCCCUAAAUAUUCCAUCGGGUUAAGGACGAGAUUCCGGAAGUUGGAUCAUAAUCCGUCGCCUAGCAACUACAUGCUGCCAACUGUGCUGGGACCGGCACAACCAAGCAAGACCUCGACUCCAUCUUAUUCAAUACCAGGUCGUUCAAAGAUCGGAUGUUAUUUGGAAGAUCUGGCGAAUGCUCCAGGACCGGGUCAUACCAAAAAAGUUGAAAACGACGUCUACAUGUCCAGAGCACCCAACUACUCACUUAGGAAUCGGUGCUACAUGCCACAAGACAACGUGAAAAAGCCAGGACCCGGGGCUCAUUACCCAGAAAAGGUCGAGAUAAGCAGAGCCAAGGCACCAAGCUAUUCCCUCGGCGUUAGGCACGCAGAAUUUGUUUGUCCCCUUAUAGCAUAGCUGAAGUUUAACGAAAGAAUAAUAAAUACACGUUUUGUUUA